AGCGCGUCCUAAUUUAUAAUGUUUGCGCGAACGUUAUUAUUUGUACUGCUUGCAAUUUUUUCACGCGCUCUGUGUACUCCAGAAGAAGUGCAUUAUUACGAAAAACUGAUCAACAGCGAAGUCACCAAAGCGCUUCAGUAUGAAUUGCCUAAAGAUGCGAAGGAAUAUCAGCCCCAAGAUAAGGUACCAAGAGAUUUUGGGUCAUUCGAUUUCGUUAUCGUGGGAGCUGGAUCAACGGGGUCAGUUAUAGCAAGCCGUCUGUCCGAAAUAGGAAAAUGGAAAAUUCUACUCUUGGAAGCUGGCCAAUAUCCGAACAACUUCACCAUGAUUCCAAGAUAUUUCGCUAUCAGCGCAUUUUCGGAAUAUAAUUGGGGUUUCAAAAGUACUCCACAGAAAACUGCAUGUUUGGGAGCUGUAGAGAACAGAUGCUUGGUCCAUAGAGGCAAGGGAGUCGGAGGCACAUCUCUCAUAAACGAACUUGUAUACAGCCGAGGUAACAUCAAUGAUUACAACCGCUUGUCCAAGUUGCUAGCCGACCCCAGCUGGGAUUAUGAACACGUCCUGCCAUACUUCAAAAAAUCUGAGAACUUCCAUAAAAACAACCCAAACGCUCCCGCCGACUUAGAAUUCCACGGCACGAACGGUUAUUUGAACACAAACUAUCAUCUACCUCCAUCAAAUUACACCGAUAUUUUCCUGAAGGCCAAUAGAGAACUGGGGAUCAAUAUCACAGAUUACAAUGGACUGAACGAAGAAGGAGCGACUAUACUUCAGAUCAACACGAAACAUGGAAAGAGAUUAGACGAAGCUUCUGCCUUCAUUGCUCCCGUAAUGGGCAGAAGUAACCUCGUAAUUUCUGUGGAAAGUUACGUGAACAAAAUCGAGUUCGACAAACACACGAAAGAGGCCAUAGCAGUUAUUUUCACUAAACACAAUAGAACUUAUCGAGUGAAAGCCAAGAAGGAGAUAAUAAUGUCUACUGGCACGAUUUCGACUCCGCCAUUGCUCAUGCUGUCUGGCAUAGGCCCCAAGAAACACUUGGAUAGUAUCGGCAUUCCAGUUAUAUCUGACUUGGAAGUGGGAAGUUCUCUACGUGAACAUGUUUUCUGUGGUGUCCAGUUUUCAUCCAACACUUCUUACCCCUCGCAAUCACUCCAGGAGCAAAUAAAGCAAUAUCUCAGCGGUUAUGGCGAUUUGACGGCUUCGAAUCCCAUAGACGGAGCUGGUUGGUACCGAACUGCCAUAGAACGCAAAGGUUCUCCAGACAUAGAAAUGGUUAUGUCCUCUUCGACACCGUCAGAACUAGGCAAGAAAUUUCUUGGCUGGGACGAUGAGACCUGGAGUGCACUUUUCAAUAUAACCAUACCGAAUCCAUUCACUCUGACUCCAGUCCUUCUUCACAGUCAGUCCACGGGAAGGGUGAGACUUCAAUAUAACGACCCUUAUCAGUUCCCAGUCAUCGACUAUAAUUUGUUGAGUGAUUCCAACAAUUUGGAUAUCGAUUCUUUAUAUGAAGGCAUUCAAAUGGCACUGAAUUUGACCGAGACCGAGGCUUUUCAACGAAUUGGUGCCAAGUUGGAAGUUAGACAACUUCCCGCAUGUACUGACUACGAAUUUCUCACAAAGAAUUACUGGUACUGUUACAUUAGGCAAACAGCGAUGGCGGCCUAUCAUCCUGUAGGUACAUGUCCCAUGGGACCAGAUCCUAUGAAAGGAGCUGUAGUAGAUUCGAACUUGAACGUGUAUGGUGUUGGGAGAUUGAGGGUAGCAGAUGCGAGCAUUCUUCCUUUCACGUUUUCCGGACAUCCUAAUGCUGUGUGUGUGAUGAUUGGAGAGAAGAUUUCAGAAGUUAUAAAAUACGAGUACGGAAUAUCCAAUUAGGCAUAAAUAAUAAUAGUUGAUAGUAAUUAUAAUGAUGAAUACA